AAGUUUCAUGCAACAAUGACGCUCAAAAAGGUCACCAAAUACCUUCUCUUCGUCUUCAACUUGUUGUUUAUGGGAGGAAUCAUUCUCAUCUCUUGUGCCGUACAUGUGAAGAGCAACAAAGCAGACUACGACCUGACUGAUGAAGCUCUCCCAGCCAUACACCUCCUCAUAUUUAUCGGCACCAUGAGUAUGAUAUUAGGCUUCCUGGCCUGCUGUGGAGCUAUCCGAGAGAACCGCUGCCUGCUGACCUCGUUCGUCCUGAGCCUUGCCGCAGUGUUCUUCCUGCUGCAGGUCAUGUUGUUGUUGGUAUUCUUAUCAAGAACGGUAGCUGCCCGGGAGCUGCUGAGGAAUCAGAUGAAGCCGCUGAAUGAAAAGCCAGAAGACUUUCAGAAGGCUUUACAGGGUGCUGAAAGGAGAGAGUUCUGCUGUGGUCUCUUCGUUGGACACCUUGAUUGGGGCAACUCCACGGUGGUGCCCGACUCUUGUAACUGCACGGACACCUCUAGGGACUUCAUAGAUAUGGACGGACGCCAGGUAUACUCAACGCCCUGCAUGACCAUAUUCUUCAAGUGGUGGGACCAUGUGUCAAACUCAGUGAUGGGCACUGGGUUUGUAUUUGGCUUCAUAAUCCUUGUGGGCUUGGUUUUGGCACCCAUCCUGGCCAGUUUGAUUGCAGAAGAAGAAGAGAACACUACUACUAUUUUUUAUAGGAGAGUCAGAAAUGUUGAGUAAUUUGUGUAGCAGAACUUGUAUUGUAUCUCCUUCUCCUCCCUCUUUAAUCAGCUCAUGACCCCUCAGAUUCAUCUUGUGACCCUUUGGAGGGGCCUGACCCCUAGGUUGUGAACCACUGAACUAAUCUAUCAGAAUGAAAAAUGAAAACUACCUCACCUCAAGCAGCUACAACAUUAAAGUGCUGCAUCAGUACCUAUUAUACUUACUCUUGAAAUGGAGCAUAUUUGUUGAUUUUAAUGGCUUACAUGUGCUAUUUUUAAACAUAAUCUAACUUAUUCUUAGACCAUAAAUUCAUGCUUAAACAUCCUUAAGGAUUUGAUUUGGAUGAACGUUACUGAGGGAAAAUAUAAAAAUCCCCAGCACAUAACCAGGUGCUGACUGCAGUCUGAUGCCAGAGGAAAAAAUAUCUUUAAAAUGUGUUUAUUUCCUAAAGUGAUAAACCCCCUCUCAAGUUCUUGACUCCACUCAUCUGGUUCUGGUUCAUCUCGUUUUUUUGUUUCUGUUUCAAUAACUAUACUUAGUCAGUGCUAUACAUGUAUGCAGCAAACUAUCUUUUUUUAAUUUACUAGUACUAUCAUUUGAGUUGAUGUUGCUCUUGUCAUCGAUGUUAUCACAUGAUAAAGUACUGUUUGCAGAAGAGAACCUGGAUGAAGGAAGACAUGGGGCAGAUAAACUAACUAUUAUGGCUUUUAUUGUGAUUUUCAAAUUAUCAUUAUCUUUAUUUUUUUUCUGAUUUUCAAGUUGCCUAUCAAUUUAGGUAUAAUUAUGUCUUUA